AUGUCUGCAGAAUUAAGGAUAGUGAAGCUUUUCGAAGAAGUUUUGGAGGACAAAAAUAUCGUACCCAGCUUCGAUGAGGAAGAACAGAAAAAACGCACCGAGGAGGGCUACAAAAAAAUUGGAACCCUCUUCGGUGCGAUGACACCAGAAGCUAAGGAGGCAUCAAUUCGAAGCUACCUCGGCUACGUGGCCACCGUAAACCACCAGAACCGGGUGCACAAUUACCUGCAAGUGAUGAACCGAAUGGUGGCGUUGAACAUCAUCCCAGCCAAACUAUUGUGCGACCAACUGAUGGGCUCGGAUAAGCUGGUAUACAAAAAUCCGUGCUUCUGGAUUGAGGCAUUCCAACUGAUACGGAAGGUGAUCGGCGGCGUGGACUAUAAGGGUGUGCGAGAAAUAAUGAAAUGCUGCAAGGAGAAGGCCCUCUCGUUUCCCGUAAACGUUAGUGUCAACAUAUUGCCCCAGCUGCUCGAGUUGCUCGAACUGAUCGAGCACAUUUUUAACCGGAAUGCGUGCCUGCUGCCGGCUUACUUUAUUAUCAACGAAAUCAAGAAAGCAGACUACCAGAACAUGCACUGGCGCGUGUCCAACCUGACAGCAAACUUCAUCGAAGAGUUUGUGUCCGUUGCACAGAUGCUUUCGAUCAUCGGUCACUCGAGCAUGCUUCCGAUCGUAGAGCAUUCGUCGUACGCUGACAACUUGAUAAUACCGUGGAAGCUUGAUCCGGAUUCGCUGAAACUCACCCUCCGUGGUAACUUGCCGUACGAUGAGGAACUGUUACAGCCACAAGCACGUUUGUUGCGGUUCGUGUUGCAGCAGCCCUACUCCCGGGACAUGGUGUGCUCGAUGCUUAACUUUCAGAAGCAACAGAAGCAAAAGUGUGCUGCUCUCGAGGAGCAGCUCGUGUGGCUGGUACUGAACGCGAUGGAGUACUCGGAAAAGGAAGGAUCUCAGGGCCAAAAUGCGGCUGGAACGGGAAUGACCGAACACGACAACGAUUGCAGCCACACGCAGUGGAUCUGGUUGCAUCUCAGCUCUCAACUGAUCUACUUCGUUCUGUUUCAGUUCGCCACGUUUCAGAACAUCGUGAACACGCUGCACGAAAAGUUGGCCGUGCGAAAUCUACGUCGAGGCCGCGACCACCUGAUGUGGGUGUUUUUGCAGUACAUCUCGGGCAGCAUCCAGAAGCACUCGAUACUGAACUUCCUGCCGAUACUGAAGCUGUACGAUAUACUGUAUCCGGAGAAGGAACCGCUGCCCGUGCCGGAUUAUAACAAUCCUUACUGCACGCACCAGAUGGCCCCGACGUGCAUCUGGAUUCAUCUGAUAAAACGCGCCCAAACGGAGAGCUACAACAUCAACCGGCCGAUACCGAUCGCGCUGCGGUUGCACUUCGAGUACUUGAAUCAUCUCGCAAUGCCCAGCAACAACCCGACGCUGUUCAUGGGUUCGGAGUAUCGGUUUGCGCUGCUAUGUAACGCCUACUCGACGCAGACGGAUUAUUUCUCGCGCCCGAUGCAGGCACUCAUCGACACGAUUCUCGGUAACAGCAAAAACCCGCAAGCAAAUAUGGUGGGCAGUGGCGUUCAGCCGCUUCCGACGGCUCCGCUUUCGAUGCGAGUGCUGGAUAGCUUGACGAUACACAGCAAAAUGUCGCUGAUACACAGCAUUGUGAUGCACAUGAUAAAGCAGGCCCAAAACAAAAGCUCCAUUCCGAACGGGAACAACAUGGCACCGGCUCUGGUGGAAACGUAUUCCCGAUUACUCGUGUACACCGAAAUUGAGUCGCUGGGCAUUAAAGGCUUUUUGGGGCAACUGCUGCCGCAGGUGUUCAAAUCGCAAGCGUGGGGAAUCCUUUACACGCUGCUGGAAAUGUUCUCCUACCGGAUGCAUCACAUCCAUUCGCACUACCGGGUGCAGUUACUGACCCAUUUGCACUCCCUGGCAUCGGUACCACAUACGAAUCAGAUGCAGUUGCACUCCUGCGUGGAAUCUACGGCUCUGCGUCUCAUUAUCGGCCUCGGUUCGGUGGAAGUGCAGGCGCAACUGUCUCGCUACGUGAGCGAACCAAAACCGCCGGGUAACAUCGUGUCCGGUGAAAGUGAAGAGCUAAACCGUGCGCUCAUUCUAACGCUUGCCCGUUCCAUGCACAUCACCGGCACCGGCAACGAUCCGCAGUCCAGUGCGUGGUGCAAGGAUUUGCUGCAGAACAUCAUGCUCAACACCCCGCACGCUUGGCCACAGCACACGCUGUUCUGUUUUCCACCGGUAUUGAACGAAUUCUUCAUGCAGCACAACAUACCGAAGGAAAGCAAGCAGCUGCUGAAGAAGACGGUCGACGAAGAGUACCGCAACUGGGCGUCGAUGACGAACGAAAACGACAUCAUCGCUCAUUUCGGGAUGACGGUGAACCCUCCACUCUUCCUGUGCUUGGUGUUUAAGAUGAUCAUCGAAACGGACGGGAUCAGUCCGGUGGCGUACAAAAUUCUGGAGCGCAUUGGAGCUCGUGCUCUUUCGACCCAUCUCCGGAAACUGUGCGACUAUUUGCUCUUCGAGGUUGCCAACUCUAUUGGAGGAGCACACGUCAACAAGUGCGUUGACACGAUAAACGACAUGAUCUGGAAGUAUAAUAUCGUUACGAUCGAUCGGUUGGUGCUCUGCUUGAUCCUACGAACGCUGGAUGGCAACGAGGCGCAGGUCAGCUUCUACAUCAUUCAGCUGUUGCUGCUCAAGACAACCGAGUUUCGCAAUCGGGUGCAGGAGUUCAUCACAAUCAACUCCCCGGAGCACUGGAAGCAGAACAACUGGCACGAGCGUCAUCUGGCGUUCCAUCAGAAGUUUCCGGAGAAGUUCGCCCCGGAUGAGUCCGUUUCGCAUCCUUCGCUGCCGGUGUACUUCGGAAAUGUUUGCUUGCGGUUCUUGCCAGUGCUGGAUAUCAUCGUGCACCGUUACCUAGAGGUACCGACGCAGCUGAGCAAAACACUCGACGUCAUUCUCGAUCAUCUAGGAUCGUUGUACAAAUUCCACGAUCGUCCCAUCACUUACCUGUACAACACGCUGCACUAUUACGAGCGUAAGCUGCGUGAUCGUCCACAAUUGAAGAAACGGCUGGUUGGUACAGUUGUGGGAUCCCUGAAGGAUGUGCGGCCUGAAAACUGGGCUCUAACCGAAGCCUAUCAGGCAUACAUCAUGACGAAAGAAACGGACAACGUUAACUGGGUGCCGGAAUUAAGCUACUACGUGAACCUAGUGCGCCGCAUGCAAGACACUAUGGAUGGAAAAAAUAUAUUUUCAGGCACGGAUUGGCGCUUCAAUGAAUUCCCUAAUCCACCGGCCCAUGGUCUUUACGUUACGUGCGUUGAGCUGCUUGGAUUGCCAGUAGGUCCGAACGUGGUGGCAAACAGCAUCAUCGACGUGCUGGUCAAGGGCUACACGGUCGUGCCGAAUGCCGUAAUUCACAACUGGACCAACACGAUUGGGUUGAUCAUGGCGGCACUGCCGGAAGCGUACUGGAGCGUCAUUUACGAACGAAUGCAGGAAGCUCUCAACUCCAAGGCAAUGAAAGAGUGGAACUACCGGCAGAGUCCGUUCGAGAUGUUCAACUUUAAGGUCGUGAAGGAAGCGAUGCUCGAUAGAAGCUACGUAACGGUGCUAGCAAUAGUGCAUAGCAUCUUUCACCAUUUCAGCAUCGGCCAGUUGGCCACCAUUACUGAAUCCAUCAAGGAGAAACUGAAACCGUUGAUACACACCGAGUACCAGCUGCUCUAUCUGUGUCACGUGGUUGGGCCGUUCCUGAAUCGCUUGAGCUUGGAGCGAGCCCGUGCCGUGUCAGAUAUUACGCUGAUGCUGUACGAACUGCUCGAGCAGGUGGACAAAGGGCAACCGACGCAAGCGCUUCGGUACAUGGACCCGAUCUGCGAUUUGCUGUACCACAUCAAGUAUAUGUUCGUCGGGGACACGAUGAAAACGGAGCUGGAAGCCAUCAUCCGGCGUUUGCGGCCAGCCCUUCAGAUGCGUUUGCGAUUCAUCACACGCCUGAACGUGGAAGAAAUUGGUGUCGAUCAGAAUACGCAAGGUGCGCAAAGUGUGGCACCGGUUACGGGAGGGUCUGCCGGUGGUACACCCGGUGCACCUGCCGUUACUCAAGGGAUACCCACUCCGGGACAGAGCGGAACCGUGGCAGCUUCCGGUCCACAGCAAACGGUCGGAGGUGGUGUUCCGAAUCAGAACGUUGCCCUUCAGCAACAGCUCCAGCAGCAGAUGGGACAAGGCAUUCAGCCACAUCAUUAAAUCGCAUCAUCAAAAGGAAGAUCAUCGUGACAGUUUCAACGGCAUUUUAUCC